AUGAUUCGUUCCGACACCUCGAAUGAGCAAGUGCGGGUGCCGAACGUCAUCGCGUUGGUCGGGCUGCCGGCGCGGGGCAAGACCUACAUCUCGCACAAGCUCUGCCGCUACUUGAACUGGAUUGGGAUCCGGACCAGAGCUUUCAAUGUCGGCGAAUACCGACGCAAAGCCUGCGAUCUCGUGAAAGAGGGCGAAGCCGACUUCUUUUCCCCGCACAACCAAGCCGGACAGAAGAAGAGAGACGAAUGCGCUCGCCUAGCUAUCGAGGAUAUGGGCCGAUACUUGGAAAGUAAGGAAGGAGAAGUUGCGAUCCUCGAUGCCACCAAUACGACUCGGGAGCGUAGGAAAUUAUUGGUGGACUAUUGCCGGAAAUCAAAUCGAAGCCCGCCUUUCAGGGUUUUCUUCGUUGAAAGCGUCUGUGACGAUCCAGACAUUAUCAACUCCAACAUUACCGAGGUGAAAAUCAACUCUCCCGACUACAAAGGAAUCAUGUCGCAAGAAGAGGCCAAAGAAGACUUUGUAAAGCGCAUCGAGAACUAUCGCCUGAUGUAUCAGCCUCUCGAUGAAGAGCACGACGAGGAUUUGAGUUAUAUUAAGGUCAUUAACGCCGGCAAAUCCUUCUUUGUCCACAACGUCAACGGACAUGUGCAAUCCAGAGUUGUCUAUUUCCUGAUGAACAUCCACUUGCUGCCGAGAAGUAUUUAUUUGACACGCCACGGCGAGAGCGAAUACAACUUGCUGGGAAGGCUAGGCGGGGACAGCCCGCUUAGCGAACGCGGUCUCGACUAUGCGGCAAAGCUCAAAGAUUUCCUUGAGAAAGCCGAAGUGCCAGAACUCCGAAUUUGGUCGUCACAAAAGAUCCGGGCGGCCCAAACGUCUGCAAAGCUCCGCGAUCUGGCCGCCCACGUCGAGUACUGGAAAGUAUUGGACGAGAUUGAUGCGGGUAUUUGCGAGGGUCUCACUUACGAGGACUUUGAGAUCCGGUACCCGAAGCAAUUUGGGGAGCGCGACAAGGACAAGUAUCACUACCGCUACCCGUCUGGAGAGAGCUACGAAGACCUGGUGGCCCGCCUUGAGCCCGUCAUCAUGGAGCUGGAGCGACAGUCCAACGUGCUCGUCAUCUCCCAUCAAGCCGUCCUCCGCUGCAUCCUCGCAUAUUUCACGAAUCAGAAUCGCGACGAUCUGCCGUAUCUCAAGGUGCCGCUCCACACCGUCGUCAAACUUACGCCAAAAGCCUACAGCUGUGAGGUGGAGAUGUUCAAAUUCGACAUCCCCGCCGUCAACACUUACCGAGAAAAGCCGAAACAGCAAAACAGCGAGGAAGCCCGUCGCCCAUCCAUCGACACCCGGGUCGUCGUGCAG